AUGCUGUUUCUGCUGGUGGUAGCACACGCAAUUGCGGUGCUUAUAUUUGGCUGUGGGUUCUUCCCGCAGAAGAAAGUGCUCGAUGGCCACGCCGCGUUGGAUGGUACACACGCCAGAGACCCUGUGUUCGACAAGCUCGUGGUCGUGGUCGUCGACGCCAUGCGCAGCGACUUCCUCUUCGAUGCGUCCAUCUCCAAGUUCCACUUCAUACAUGAGAAGCUCGCGGACGGCAGCGCCUGGGGCUUCACUGCGCACUCAAAUCCGCCCACUGUGACGCUGCCGCGGCUGAAAGGCAUCACCACUGGCUCCACACCGAACUUCCUGGACGCUAUCCUGAACGUGGCCGAGGACGAUACUUCCUCGAGUCUGCUGGCACAGGACUCCUGGCUGUGGCAGUUCAGAAACAACGCCGGCAAGCGCAUCAGGUUCUUCGGUGACGAUACGUGGUUGAAGCUGUUCCCACCUGUAGAGGCCAAUGAGGACUCCCAGACCAUGUUCGAUGAAUACGAAGGAACCAACUCUUUCUUCGUGAGCGACUUCACCCAGGUGGACCUCAAUGUAACAAGACAUAUCGACAGGCAACUGCGUGAGACAAGCGAGUGGGACGUGCUGAUCCUGCACUACCUCGGUUUGGACCACAUCGGGCACAAAGACGGGCCUUACUCCAGGUUUAUGGGGCCCAAACACGAAGAGAUGGACAGCAUCAUUAGGAAGCUUUACGACGAGCUAGAUAUGCAGUCUACUUUGCUCGUGCUGAUGGGUGACCACGGUAUGAACGACCUCGGCAAUCACGGUGGUUCCUCAGCUGGUGAGACCUCCGCUGGGAUGGUCUUCUUAUCUGAUAAAUUGGCAGCAUAUAAGCCUUCUAAGGAACAAAGCAGCGCUAAGGAAUUCCCCAUGAAAAUUCCAAGUCUAAACGCUGGUGAAGAGAAAACAUUUCACUACUUGAAGAAGAUCCAGCAAAUCGAUGUUGUACCCACAAUAAGCUCACUAUUCAAUGUAGCCAUACCGAAAAACAAUGUGGGAGUUAUAAUACCUGAGUUCUUGCAAUUGUUCAAAGAUGUCUCAUUGCAGAAGGCUAUAGUCAAGGAGAAUUGGAACCAACUUUCUGGUUUAACAAAGGGUAAAACGCAAAUCAUGGAAGAAACAAAGAAUUUUGUAAUUGAGGAUGUAAUCAAGAACAUGAAGGAUGUGCAAGAGAAUCUAGCCAAAACUGCUACGGACUACAAUUACCCAUUACUAUUCAUUGGUUGUUUCCUUUCUAUUGUUAUUACCGGUACUAUAUAUUAUAGAUAUGCUAGGCAUGUCGCAAUUAACAUCAACACCUCCAUCCUGAUAGCAAUUGCUGCGCUUAUGGGCAUCUCAGUAUUUGGAAGUAGUUUUAUCGAAGAAGAACAUCAAUUUUGGUGGUGGAUUAUUACUGGUCUAGUGCUACUAUCAAUGGUUAAUUUAAACUUUAGUAGUUGGAAAUCACAUAUCAUAGUUCUGUUUUGUUUACGUUUGAUUAGAGGCUGGAAUAACAGUGGCCAGAAGUAUACUUAUGAUAACGUGAUUGCAAACUUGCUAAAGGGAAAUAUCGAUGCCCUAUGGUGGUUAAACCUGAUAACAGUUACAGUAGUAGGCUUAAAUUUAAAGUCUUUACGUUUUGGUAAUCACACUGUUUCUCUUCUUGGAUUUUCAGAUCUACUUUCUAUGGGUUUAUUAUCUAUGAUAACUUUUCUGUACAAGGUAAACUGGUCCAUUGUCAAUGGUGAAAGAGUUCCAGAUUUGUUUUAUAAAUGGGUUCUUGAAACAGCCUCAUUAAUAGUUGAAGAUGCAACAUUAUACCGAGAGGAAGAUCUAAUACACACUGCAUUGAUUCCUUUGGCAAGGAUAUUUUUUAAACUAUUCUUUGCUGUACUUGUCUCCAGGUUAAUGAUACAAAAAUUCUUCCAAGUAUCCGAUAUCUCUAAAUCUUUGGCAGUGGUGAGCCGUUAUGUUACUAUUUUCCUUGUAUUUCAGACACCUAGUCACAACAUUGGUUUAUUUUUGUUCUUUGAAAUAAUAAAUGAGAUAACUGUACAUAUUAUAAGGGAAAGAUACCAAAGUGACUAUCUGCUGGCUGUUAUAUUUGGUAUUAUCUUGCAGUUUUUUACUUUCUUUCAAAGUGGAGGCACGAACUCCAUAGCUACAGUUGACCUUUCAAAUGCGUACAAUGGUGUCUCUGAGAACUACAAUAUUUAUGUUGUUGGAUUGAUGAUGUGCAUCUCUAACUUUGCACCAACGAUAUAUUGGUCGUUCUAUAAUUGGCGGAUCACUUACGCAAACGCAAACUCCAGUAGAUGGCAGACCUUGGUCGCCGCCAAGUAUCCAUUUAUUAUCAUUCAAUCGACCAUUGGAUGUUGUCUACUGCUGGCAUGUAUCAUACUUAGAUAUCACUUGUUCAUAUGGAGUGUGUUUUCUCCAAAACUGUGCUAUUAUAUGGUGUGGACCAUAUUUGUUGGUAUCAUCGUGCAUUGGAUACCGGAAAUCCUUUUACUAUUGACCUGA